UCAAGACGGGACGCAGUACAAUUUCGGCCGAAAACGUGGACGUGUGGACAUGUUGUAGAGCGCACCGUUAUUUCUCAAAGCAGCCAGCAGCAGAUUCGCGCGUGCAAAUUUUCUCUCCCUCUUUCACCCCCCUCCGCCGACGGUUGUUGUUGUUGUUGUUGUGCGGGCAACUUGCUUUUUGGGGGCGGGGCACGCGGGUCAUCGCAAAAUAGCAAAAUCGUCAAUCGUUAAUCGCCAAUCGGCGAAACGUGUGUGCAGAAUUAAUGAGCAAUACUCGCGCCGCUUCAUCAAUGAAAAAUAAAAGAGACUAUCCGCAAAGUAGUAAUACAAAGAUUGCUGUGCUCUCGGUUCACGUUGUGUUUAGGCCAACAUUUUUGUUUGACAACAGUGCGUGCUAACGAACCCGCCUCAAAUUGGCAAUACAAUCGCGAUUAUACCGGCAGAACGUCAUUGGGGCAGAGAGUGAUUGGAUACACAUGUGUUAGCGGGCCCUCCAUCAACAAUAUGUUUGACAACAAGUUCCGGCAUUGAAAUUGAAUUAAAUAAAAUAAAUUAAGCCACCAGGCGGAGUGGGUCAAAGCACACAGUUUGAAUUGUUAAUGAGCGGCGACAAAAAGUGUUAAAUGCUGAUGACGCUGUCAGCAUUUUUGCUGCCUAUGCCGACGUCGCUGUCGCCGAUUUAACAGUGCUGAAAAGUCAAUUAAAGGCGAAUGCCGGAGUCUGGACUGGAGAGCUCUAGCCAUUGGCGAACUUGGCCAGAACGAACAUAGUAAACGUGGAAAGGAGAGCACACAAGCGAAUCGACGACGACGACGACGAGAAGUGGUGCAGAAAGCCAGAAGACAGCGAGCAGCGUGUAAUGAGCAGACGAAGGCCAAUUACCAUGUCGUUGGCCCAGGCUAUGGGUCUGUUCCUGGUCCUGGUGGUGGCCACGCUGCCAGUGGCCCAGGGAUUGGCCAACUGCCCGAAUGGCUGCGAAUGCGACGACGACACUUUGAUGGUGAACUGCGGCGAGGGCACUCUGGAUGUCCUGCCCAUCGCCCUGAAUCCCGCCAUCCAGCGACUGGUGAUCAAGAACAACAAGCUGAAGACCAUCGACUCGUCCAUGCAGUUCUAUGCGCAGCUCACCUUCCUCGAUCUGUCGUUCAACGACAUGGUCACCAUACCGGAACGCUCGUUUGCGUAUCACGCCAAAUUGCAGGAGCUGCACCUGGACCACAACAAGAUUGGCCAGGUGUCGAACAGGACCUUCCUGGGCCUCUCCACCAUCAGUGUGCUGAAUCUGCGGGGCAACUUGAUUGCCGAACUGGAGUACCGCACCUUCUCGCCCAUGGGCAAGCUGGCGGAGCUGAAUCUCGGCCAGAAUCGCAUCAGUCACAUCGAUCCACAUGCCCUGGAUGGACUCGUGAACCUGAGGGUGCUCUAUCUGGAUGAUAAUACCCUCACCACGGUGCCGGGGGAGAUAACCUUCCAGGCCCUGCCCACCCUGGCGGAGCUCUACCUGGGCACCAACUCGUUCAUGACCAUUCCGGGCGGAGCCUUCGAGGAUCUGAAGGGACUGACCCGCCUGGACCUGCGUGGAGCUGGCCUGCACAAUGUCUCGGGGGAGGCGCUAAAGGGUCUGGAGGCCCUGCGCUACCUGGAUCUGUCGGACAAUCGCCUGGCUGCGAUUCCCACGGCAGCACUGCAGCGAUUGGGACGUCUGGAGCAGCUGAUCAUUGGCCAAAACGACUUCGAGGUCAUCGCCACGGGUGCCUUUGCGGGUCUGCGCGAGCUGAGGCAUCUGGAGCUGACCGGUGCCCAGCGACUGAGGCGUGUGGAGAGCGGUGCCUUCGGGGCAAAUGCCAAUCUGGAGCACCUGAAUCUGUCCAGCAACAAGCAGUUGAAUGAGCUGCCCGCCAUCGCCCUGGGUGGCCUGCCCCACUUGAGCACAGUGGUGCUGAAGGCCAAUCAGCUGAGCAGCUUGGACGAGGGUCUAGUGCCGUGGGCCGAUCUGCAGACCCUGGAUCUCUCCGAGAAUCCGUUCGAGUGCGAUUGCCGACUGUUGUGGCUGCGUCACCUGCUGGUCAGCAGGAAUGCUAGUGGUCAGUACGCCCCAGUGGUGUGUGCCUAUCCGACGGCUCUGCGGGACUUGCCAUUGGCCCAGUUGGCCGAACCCCUUUUGGGCUGUGCCCAUGGCGCGGCCAGCAAGCAGGCCAUCAUCGGCAUCCUGGUGGUGGUCUGUGCCGCUCUGAUCACCACCUUGGCCCUGGUGCUGUACACCUGUCGCCGCCGGAUUAGGGAGAUGCUGAAGGGACACUCGGCGCUGGGCAGGAAGGAGCGUGAGUACCAGAAGACCUUCUCCGACGAGGAGUACAUGGCCAGACCGCCGCCCGGCUGUGGAGGCGUUCAUCCGGCAGCCGGCGGAUAUCCCUAUAUGGGCGGCAGCAGUCGGCCCAUACCGGUCACCGAGCUAUAGCUAGAAGCACCACCCCCGCCUCAGUUGCGGGGUCGGGGUGGUGGUGGUGGUGGUGUUGCAAGCACGGCCAGCGGGGCAGUGCCGCAGCUGCAGGUGCCCAGUGCCGUGGACCAGGCCUCCAACUCCUUCGCCCAGCUCAGCCACAUCCACUACAUGACGAACAAUGGCCAACAGCAGCCGCAGCAACAGCAGCAGCAGCCGGCCACCUCGAAGAUGCACCACUCGCAGCAGGACAUGCGACUGUUGACCUGCAACGGCGGUAAGCCACUGAAUGCUACCUCGCUGCCGCGCCACCGAUCGCCGGUGGUGCAGGAGAGCACCCUGUCGCACUACAGCCAGCCACUUGCCAAUGGCAUCCGUUUGACCCAGGACCACUUCAACCACAACCAGAACCAGAGCCACCACAGUCACCACUAUGGCGGAGUCUAUGCCAAGCCAUGCGAUGCGAUGUCUGAGCCGGGAUAUAUACACAACAACUCACACUAUUCGCUGCCGCUGGAUCACGACUUGCCGCCCAGUCCCACGCCCACUCCGCCGCCCCCCGCUCUGCCGCUGAGGAAUGGAGUGGGCAUGGCGCUUAUCCAUGGCAACACCACCGGACGCAGAUCCUUCAACACCAACAACAACAACAACAACGUGUCCACCCUGUCCAACAACAAUCAUCAUGGGGGCGUAGGCGUUGUGGGCGUGGCAGUGGGCAACAACAACGGGAGCCUGAGGCGGUACCACUGAUAUCCGGCCAAGACGUGCGGCACUUUGGGCCGCACCAUCAUCAAAACCAGACCGGAUCCGGAUAUCGAGCUGCAUUACUUCUACAAGGGUUAAGUCAAGGAGGAAAUUAGCGAAGGAAGCAGGGGUUCAAUCUAAUUUAAUCGGGCCUGCCUUGGUUUAUGCUUUUGAAAAGAGUUAUUGCUAUUUGACAUUAAUCAAGGAAAUACACUCUUAGCAAAAACGAAAACCAGAGCAAUCCCGAAUAUUCAUACUCUAGUUGUAUAUUCCUACGUUACGUGUAUUCAAGCGAAAGCAUUUUGUAUAAAUUAGGAUUUAGUUCGGGAGGUUGUCGAGCGGGAAAAGCGCAGGAAAAACGCAGGUGUAUAUAAGGAAAUCUUGCGCACAAUUUGGCAGGCACUGUUGGUUGGUCAAGUGCUAAACUAAAAUACAUUCGACCAGCCUGCUGCACGGCCAUUUCAUUUGCAUACCAGUGAUCUUAAAUAUUAGGUUAAGCUUAAAAGCGUUUCAAUUCUUGUACAUAUUUAGAAGCUUCUUUUUAGGCGCGACCACAAAAAUCUAUUAAACUUCAAAACCACACAAAAAAAAA